UGUUCCGUCUCUGAUAUUAAAUUCAAACCAGAAUCAAGAAACGGAGUGAAAGUGGAGGGAAAUGAUAGAAGAACGGCAAGGCGGAGCUCCACACGGCGUUAUACUGGCGGUGGUCGUCGCCACCGUCAUUCUCGUCCCUUUCUUCCUCGGCGACCACGGCGAGGCCAUCACCGAAGCCAUUUCCGACCUCCUCAGUCCCUUCGGCCUCCUCCUCCUCCCUAUCCUCCUCCUUCUUACCAUUCAGUUUCUCUCCUCCGAUCGCGGCUCCGUCGUCUCCGCCAUCUUCUCCACCAGCGAACCCGACUCCAUCCACCGCGUCACUGGCUCCCCCGUCGGCGUUGCUCUCUUCCUCCUCCUCAUUCUGUUUCUCCUCUAUAACCGGAUUUCCAUCUUCGGCGGCGACGAUGAUUCCGGCGACUGAAAUCGGUUGUUAGAUCUGUCUCUUCCGCUACUCCUUGAACUUUUUUAUUUUCCUUUGCCGGAAUUUUUUCUUGUACUGUGUAAAUGUAUGCCGCCUGAAAAACAGGGCACGGCGGAAUGGAAUGUGAAAUCUCGAUUUCUUGCUUUGCCCUAGUUUCUUAACUUCUGGGUUUCAGGCCAUUUUUGUUCAGUUAUUUAUUUUACUGUCGGCGCCAUCGGCGGUGGCGAAUCCUCCUUCUCCUUCUCCUCCUGCUGCCGACGCCGGCGGCGCCGGCGCCGGCGUCUGUAAGAAAAUUGAAGUUGUGUGGGGGCUGUUUAUACAGAUAUUUAUUUGUUCUUGUCC